CACAAGCUAACGUUAAUCUUUAUUUUUUUAUUUAUAAGCGCGUCAGUCUACGCAACAAUUCUAAUCUAAUAACGCGGCAGAAUGACGCUUUACAAAAUGUCUGUCAGUCUUAUGAGGAGCUCUUUGUUGGAGGCUGUGCAGCACUGCUAGCAGCAUUAGCUCAUAACAGUUUUGUCUUUUUAAAGUGAAGGGUUGCUCAGUUGUUGUUUUUAAAGGUUCCUAUGAUUCUUAGAUCACUUACAUCGGUUGUGUGUACAUCAUGCUUCACUGUUAUUAUAUUGUAUUAUAGCAUUUGGUCGUCUUCUGUCAUCGUAGAAGGAUUUUUUGGGACACUUCUCCAAAAAAUGACUCGAAAGCCCAAGCAGAUUUGUUAGAUGGAUCAAGCCAAGUAAAAGAUGAUGUAGCUUCUAUCACAGCUGCUGCCAAGAAGUCAGAGCCUAUGGGUGGAAUGUCAUCAAUGAUGUCAAAUCUGCAGCCUGGGAAAGAGUCUAUCAGAGCUGGAGAAGAAGGAGAGAAAUCUUCUCCAGCAACAUCACCAAAUAAACCUGCUCCGGGUCAUGCAGCCAAGUCCAUCCCAUCAAUGUCCUCCUCUGUGUUGGCCUCCUCUCCAUCAACAUCUUCCACACUGUCCCCUGGUCGAGCGAAAAUGAGCGUUUCUGGACCCGGCAGCAGUAAAUCUGUCCUGCAACCUGCUCCUUCUUCAUGUUCCUCAUCUCCUUCUGUUUCUCCUGCCCCACCCAAGAUCCACCGAGCCCGCAAGACCAUGAACAGGCCUCCACUGGGGCAGAUUAGUCAUGUUGACGCACCCGGUACUUCUUCAGGACCCUGUACCUCCUUUUCAUCAGACUCUGAAACUGUUGUUGCCAAAAGAAGAAAAUUGAGUCACCUAUCAGACAACACAACGGAGAAGUCUGAAAACAUUCCUGACAAUGCUCAAACCAUGGAAAAAACACUACACCAUAAAAAUGUGGAGCAUGAUGCUAAGACCUCACCAGUGAAGAACAGCAGCAGCUUAGGGAGGUCAUAUGAGCAAGUGGCUGAGAAAAAAAACAAUUCAGAAAAGAUUGAAAAUAUCCGGGGAGAAGCACGUGAUAACACUACAGAUACAGAGGGGUCAGUGAACAUGUGGGAUCAUAGUUCUGCUGAUUCUGAAAAACAGAAAGCUGUCCAGAGUAGAAAUGAAGGCGAGGCGUCUUUGUGGCCACAGUCGGAUCCGGACAAAGAAAGUAACAAUGAGGAUGGGGCGGAGACAGCGAGAGGAAGGUCAGCAGAGUACACAGAGGUUCCCUUGGGUGCACUGGACAUCGCUGCUGCAGAUAGUCUGACACUGUCUCCAAACCAUGAGGGCAGUGAUGCAGGAGACAUGGAGCGGCUGGAGGAGCUUCCUCUGUGCAGCUGCAGGAUGGAGGCUCCUCGUGUCGACAACACCAGCCACCGCAUCAGCAGACAGUGUAUGGCCACCGAAAGCGUCAACGGAGAGCUGAGAGCUUGUACCAAUCAGACUAUUAAAGGGGAAACAAUGCGGCCAUCGAGUCGCGUGCCUCUGAUGGUGCUUUGUGACGUUCAUCGCUCACACAUGGUCAAACACCACUGCUGUCCUGGGUGUGGCUACUUCUGCAUCGCGGGUACAUUUCUCGAGUGCUGUCCAGAUCAGCGCAUUGCUCACCGUUUCCACCGCGGCUGCGUGACGGUGCUGGGCGGUGGGCGCAGCAGAGCAAAUGGCGGCGGAAUGCUGUUUUGUCCCCACUGCGGAGAAGAUGCUUCUGAGGCCCAGGAGGUCACUAUCUCCUCCUUCAACUCAGCCACUGCCUCCGCGACCACUGUUGUCACCAUGUCAGCGUCCUCUACCACCACCCCGUCUCUGCCGCCAUUUGUCCCCUCCGCACCCUCUCUAACCGCCUCCACGGGGGCAAUGAAGGACGGGAGGAUGCCUGAAAGGCCUGUCAGCGCGCGUAUGCGCAGCCAUGGUUUAGUAACACUGGCAGUGGAGCAGCAGCAGCAGCAGCCUCCUCAGCCUGUUGCUUCAGUAGCCACUGUGGCCACCGUCCUGCCAGCAGAGGAGGGAGUUGACAGCGUAGGGCCCUCUCUCUGCAUGCCCAAUGGGAAACCCAUCAGUCCCAGUGCCCUUCCACCUGGACCCAGCAGGGCAGCACUGCAGAAGGCCAUCCUCACACAGGACACUGAAAGGAGGAAAAAGCUGCGGUUCCACCCUCGCCAGCUUUACCCAGCUGCCAAGCAAGGAGAGGUGCAGCGAGUCCUGCUCAUGCUGAUGGAGGGCAUCGAUCCAACCUACCAGCCGGACUCCCAGAACAGGCGCUCUGCCCUACAUGCUGCAGCUCAGAGAGGUCUGCUGGAAAUUUGUUACAUACUGAUACAGGCGGGCGCUCAGGUGGAUGCCCAGGACAAAGACUUGAGGACUCCCCUGUUGGAAGCGAUCAUCAAUAAUCACAUUGAGGUGGCUCGCUACCUCAUCCAAAAUAGUGCCUGUGUCUAUCAUGUUGAGGAGGACGGAUACACUGGCCUCCACCACGCAGCCAAGCUGGGCAACCUAGAAAUCGUCAGAAUGCUCCUGGAGACGGGGCAGGUUGACGUGAAUGCACAGGAUAAUGGUGGCUGGACACCAAUCAUUUGGGCUGCAGAGCACAAACACGUGGAGGUGAUAAAAGCUUUACUGAACCGAGGCGCUGACGUCACAGUCAAAGAUAAGGAGCUGAAUGUUUGUCUCCACUGGGCGGCAUAUGCCGGGAAUGUGGAUAUAGCAGAGCUGGUGCUGAACGCUGGCUGCUCCCUCGCCUCAGUUAACAUGCACGGAGACACGCCACUCCACAUCGCCGCGAGGGAGGGAUACUUGGAAUGCGUUACGUUGUUCCUGUCCAGAGGUGCAGACAUCGACAUCAUGAACAGGGAAGGAGACACGCCCCUCAGCCUCGCUCGGUCUGACACUCCAGUGUGGGUUGCGCUGCAGAUCAACAGGAAGUUGCGGCGGGGAAUCACCAAUCGCAUGCUUCGAACAGAAAAGAUCAUUUGCAGUGAUGUCGCACAAGGCUACGAGAAUGUACCGAUUCCCUGUGUAAAUGCGGUGGACGAUGAGGGUUGUCCUUCGGACUACAAAUAUGUUUCAGAAAACUGCGAAACGUCGGCCAUGAACAUAGACCGCAACAUUACACACUUACAGCAUUGUAGCUGCAUUGAUGACUGCUCAUCUAGUAACUGUCUUUGUGGACAGCUCAGCAUCCGCUGCUGGUAUGACAAGGACCAGAGGCUGCUCCAGGAGUUCAACAAAAUUGAACCUCCACUUAUUUUUGAGUGCAACAUGGCCUGUUCCUGUCACCGAACGUGCAAGAACAGGGUGGUGCAGGCAGGCAUCAAAGUUCGUCUUCAGCUCUACAGGACAGAGAAGAUGGGCUGGGGUGUCCGGGCAAUGCAGGACAUUCCCCAGGGAAGCUUUAUCUGCGAAUAUGUAGGAGAGCUGAUCUCUGAUGCAGAGGCCGAUGUUCGAGAAGACGACUCCUACCUCUUUGACCUGGAUAACAAGGAUGGGGAGGUGUACUGCAUCGAUGCCAGGUACUACGGAAACAUCAGCCGCUUCAUCAACCACCUGUGCGACCCCAACCUCAUCCCAGUGCGCGUGUUCAUGCUGCACCAGGACCUGAGGUUUCCCCGCAUCGCCUUUUUCAGCUCCAGAGACAUUCUCAGCGGUCAAGAGCUAGGGUUUGACUAUGGCGACCGGUUUUGGGACAUUAAAAGCAAGUAUUUCACCUGCCAGUGUGGGUCAGAGAAAUGCAAGCACUCGGCCGAGGCCAUCGCGCUGGAGCAGAGCAGGCUGGCUCGGCUGGAGGCUUGUCCAGAGUCUGGGACCGACUGUGGGAUGACCAUGCUUGGAAGCUCCUAACACUUUCUGUGGGGCCUUAGGGUUAAGCUCCUCAGUUUUACAUGACCACGUCACCUUGAGGACUUUGUCACCUUUAAAUGUCUCUGUUUCAUGCAUGGUGCUGUUUUUAUUUCUUUCUGAAGUUUUCCCGAUUCUAAGAUGAAUCGUUUCUAUGUAACUGAGAACCUGCUCCUAAAAGACUUUUUGGUUUUAUUCUGACAGUGCAGAUGUUUUGUUGUAUUUAACUGUGUUUGCCUUUACACACAACAACGUGCAUUUAGCAGUCACACAUAAUAGUAUCUAUACAUUUGUUUUCUGUUGUGCCAAUGAACAGUGAAGCACACCUCAACAAUAGGCCCCUACUGUACUCCAUAAUGUCUGAGGUUUAGUUUUGAUCAUGUUCUUUAUUUUUAUACUUGUCGUUUUCUUUGUCAUAUUUAGUUUAAUAAAUUAGCUCAUGAGUGGCUCUUUGG